CGUACCAGAGUGCCAUGGCUCUGGAGUUGUUGUACACUUCCCUCAUCUGCCUCGCCGCGCUCGCCGGCGGAGCCACCUCCGCUCCUCUGCACUUGCAGUGCCUGGACAACCCGCCGGACCUGACCGCCGCCGGAGCCCAGGCGGGAAAGGUCGUCGAUGACCUGUCCGGCUUCAGGGCCUACGUCACCGGCCCUGUCCACUCCGACCGGGCCAUCGUCCUGGCCUCCGACAUCUUCGGAUUCGAAGCGCCAUUGCUGAGGUUCGACCAUCUUCUCCCGUUGCACUCGCUGUCAUUUGAUCUACGUAUUUUUUUCUUCAAAAAACGAUAUAUUCUUUCGGAAGAAGGUUCAUCACCUUCGAUCUCUACACCAGGAAGGCAGGCAGCCGACAAAGUUGCUGAAGCUGGAUACUACGUUGUGGUGCCUGAUUUCUUCAAUGGGAAACCUUACACGGGUGACCCAAGUGUAAACAUCACACAGUGGAUAGAUGAUCACUCUCCGGUAAAAGCCGCUCGAGAUGCCAAACCAAUUUUUGCGACCUUGAAAAAAGAGCGAAAAUCUAUUAUUGGAGUUGGGGGAUACUGUUGGGGUGGAAAGUUUGCAGUGGAGAUAGCAAAAAUGGACGAGGUGAAGGCAAUUGUCAUCUCCCAUCCUUCAUCCAUCGUUGUUGAUGAUAUGAGAGAGGUCAAGUGCCCCAUUGAGAUCCUUGGAGCUCAAAAUGACACAACUACACCACAGAAGUUCAUAUAUCAGUUUUUGCAUGCCCUUCGUAAAAGAAGUGAUAAGGUACCUUACUUCGGCAAGAUCUUUCCAGGAGUUGCACAUGGCUUUGCUUGUGGAUACAAUAGCACCGACCCAUUUGCAGUUAGAACAGCUGAACAAGCUCUUGCCCUAAUGCUCGGCUGGUUCAAGAAAUACAUGGAAUAAGAAAUAUUAAUCACGAAGGUCAGGUCCAAUACAAUUCUGAGUCCAAUAUCCAAAUAAAGUUCUCCAAAACCAUUUUUAUGUAGAUGCAUAUGUAUCCAUAAAAAGGUACAUGUAUUGACUAUGAUUUGUGACUCAUUUGUAACCUCCAUAUUGGUAUGUAUAUUGCUUGUUUUAUAUCAAAAAAUCUAUGUGAAGUUUAACCA